AUGUGGGCUGGCGGCGGCCUCGCUGCCCCCCUCGCGCCCCUGCGAAGACGGGGGGUGAAGGAGGAGGAAGGAGGAGAGGAGGCGGAGGAAACUGCAACGCCAGGAGGAGGAGGAGGAGGAAGCGGCGGCGGAGGCGACCGACGAGAAGGGAGCCUGGCGGAGGCGGAGCCGGCGCUCGAGCCCGGCCGGCCUGCACUCCGCGCAGCACGGCCGCCGCCGCCGCCGCUAUCGGCAGCAGCAGCAGCAGCACCACCAGCACCAGCCUCUCCCGGUGAGUAAACAUGGCCUGGCCCCCCCCUCCUCCCGUGUACGCUUCGCAAGGGGACUCGAGGCCUCGGUGGAGAUUGGGCAGCCAGGCCCGGAGUUGCGAGGGGAGCUGCGGCCUCCGCGGAGCAGUGGCCUGGCGCGGCCCCGCCGGCUCGCCCUGCCCAGCCCCGCGCUCGCCUUUUGUUCCGGCUGGCGCUCGGGCUGGCGCGGCCGGGGCCUGGAGAGAGAGAGGGACGGCGAGAGAGGGUGCGCCGCGGCCUGCAGUGGGGCCGGGAGGUGGGGAGGCAGCAGCGUGGGAGCCUCGCGCAGGGCACCCUCCUCCUCCUCCCCGCGCUCCCACCUCCGCCUCGGCCGGGUGUUGUCAUAUGGAAACCUCCUAGGAAAUGCCCGAAGAACGGGCGGCGUUUGCUCCAGGGCCGCAAGGAGCGUGGGCAUCCUGUGCCAUUCCCCUAUUCUAAACAACGAGCAGCUCUGUACCCGGAUCACUUGCCUUUCUGUACUUCAGCUAAGAGACCCUGGUCGUAAACUUUUUUUUUAACAGCGUUACGCCCCUAAGCGGUGUUUUGUUUGUUUGUUUAGUCUUUGCAAACCAGGAUCCUAAAUUCCUCCCCCUCCACGCACACUGCCCAGCUUCAGACGUUUUUUGGCUUUCUCCCGUGUAGUUUUUUGACUUUCCUUUCAGCUGCAGAGAGUAACAACAAGCUGGGAGAAAGGGGGGGGGGGGGGAGAGACUGAGAUUGACAGUGGGAAGACCCUAAGAGCUCUCCUUUUUAUAACCUGUGAGACCCAUACCCUUUUCUUCUGUCAUCAGAAACAGUGAAGUUUGCAGAGAAUUGUUUCUGUUUUGAGGUAGGCCUCUGAGUUUCGCAACCAAACUGAGUGCAGUGAUUUUCUCUCUCUCGUGUAGCCACUCAUUAAAAGAGCACAUCACUGCAUCCUCCACCUCCAUCUUGAAAAGUGUCUCUGGCUUUUUGAGUACUAGACAGUAGCUGUCAUAAGGGUCCCAAAGUGUAAAAGAUUAAAAGCAGUUACGAACUUCAGUUUGUAUAGGAGUAUGCAAGCUUUCCAGUUUCACAGAGCUGUUUGGGCAGUAGUAAAAAUAUUAUUAUUAUUUAAGCAUUUUUGAAAACAACGGCAACGUACUUUGUAUUUCAACUUUUGCUAAACUUAUUUUAUCAUAUGGUUUGCUUUCCUGUCAGUUGUAGUAAUAUAUAUCAUGCAUCAAGGUGCACAGAAUGACAAAGUUCUGAUAAAGGAGAAACGGACCAUUAACCAAAAUGGGACAAAUUCAGCUGAAGUCAAGGACACUUGCUUCCAAGUCAGGUGUUUAGGAUUGGUACCUUUGAUUCCAGAUAGAGUACUAGCCAAUCAAGAUUAAUCUCUGUAUUCUGAAAAAUUAUUACUAUAAUCUCACCAUGUUGACACAAGUAAAAUAUGAAUCCAACUUGAAUUUCAAUAAAAUAAUGACUUUUAUUUGAAAAUGUGAUCUUAUUGAAUUGAGAUCUUAUGUAAAGUAACCACCGUGAGAUCUUGGGAUGAAAGGUGGCAUAUAAAUCUAAUAAAUAAAAUAAAUAAUAAAAAUUGUAAAAAAGAAAAUAAAAGAGGAGAGUUCUGUAUUACCGAAUAGUCCUUAGUUGGUCUACAAUUUAAACAAAGGUCAGUGAUAGUUUUGUUCUUCACCCUACCUCUCCUUUCUCAGCACAAUGGCCUAAUUUAUCAGUAGGGUGGAGUAAAUCUGUUUAAGAUUCUGUGCUUUUACUAUGUGCUUUGAAGGAGUUUUGGGAUAUGGAUCUCCUGACACAGACUCUGAUUAUUCUGAGCUUUGAUCCCUUUAGCAGAGAAGCAGCCUACAAAGAACUCUUCGUACAUAAAAUCUGAUUUUGUUCUUGGUGCUGUAGCAGCAUAAGCCCAGACCAAUGCUAAUAAAGCAGCAUUCUAUCCUGUUUCUACAGUGAGAACAGCAGAUGGGGAGGAAGCCUUUGUUGCAAGAUGACCUGUCUGUUUGCCUUCCUUGUGCUGUUUAAAUUGAGGUGCAUAUGUAAUAUAGCACUGGAGCGAAGAGCUGUACAGCCUAAAACUGAACAUUAAUCACAUAAAUAAAGGCUCAAUAAAUGGUGGAGCAAUUUCACACAUGGGGAAGGUAUCACGUACGUGAGUGUUCACGAGAUUUCCCUACCCACUUAUUUAAAAUGCUAUGUUAAAUGCUUCUGCUUCUGUGGUACAGUGUUGAGGGCUCAGUCUCUUUAUACAAAAGAAACAAGCAAACCUCAAAACAAACCAAGGGAAUUUGUCACUUGCAACCAGUGGUAGCAUGGGUGCCAAUGAUGUUUGCACAAGCGCACAGUCUAUAGGACACUCCAGGAAGUAAUGAAUGAGUAAAUCUGAGAGAAAUUACAUUUUUUCUGGUGAUUAAAUAUAGCAGUUUUGUUAUUUUGCAAAAAAUGUGUAUCUAGUGUAUGAUUAUUGCAUAAAGUUGCAAUUAUAUUAAACAUUCUGGAGCUUCUCUAUAUACAGCUCUACUGAUUUAAAGAGAACCUUUAUUCCACUACAUAUAUUUACAGUGGUAUCUCGGGUUACAUACGCUUCAGGUUACAUACACUUCAGGUUACAGACUCCGCUAACCCAGAAAUAUUACCUCAGGUUAAGAACUUUGCUUCAGGAUGAGAACAGAAAUUGUGCUCCGGCUGCGUGGCAGCAGCAGGAGGCCCCAUUAGCUAAAGUGGUGCUUCAGGUUAAGAACAGUUUCAGGUUAACCUGAGGUACCACUGUACAAACAUUGCAUUCCCUUCCUCCCUCAGAGUUACUGCAUAUAGUAAAAAAGGAAUGUUAUCCUAUAUGUAAUUUCUCAUGCUCUGUCAUGGUCUAGUCUGCCAUAUGAAUUGCUUUUUCUUUAUAUAAUCAACCUUCAUAAUUUUCUUCCCUAAAUUUUCCUGUUGAAUCUUGCAGUUCAAUAACAUAGGACACUUGUUGACUUCUUCCAAUUGCAAAUAUAGAGAUAGAAAGCACACAACAUAUUGGCAAACCUAAUCAAACUUCAAAGAGUAAAGGUACUCAGAUAUACCAAAUAGCUUUUUUUUGGAAAAGCUAAAGUUUUAUGCUUUUGUAGCUUAAGAUAAUUGGAAGGAUCUGAUUGCAUAUAUAUUGAUUACAAAGUCCAUAUUAGGGCAAUAGUUUUUGAAGCUCACCCAAAUGCCAUAAAUUUGUGUGCAAGCUUUUGAUUUCUGGAGAACUAUUCAUCAAGCUAGAUGUUAAAACUGCAAGGGGUGAAGGGGAUAGGAGGGGCUGCUGGUGUUAGUUAAGCUAUCCAUGUCUACAUCUGGCAAGUUUUAAGGCGGAGCAUGAGAGGAAUUAGCAGACAUUCAAAUGAUUUGCAUUCAGGUUUCAUGUUGCACUGUGGCCGCCUGAGAAGAAAAUGCAUGCAUAAUGACCAAGACACAAUCUCUGCAAAUAUAACAACCAGCUGUAAUUCAGUUCUGCUUCCAUUCUUUGGUGAAACAUACAGGUUCUUUUGGUUAUGGGGAUGAUGAAUAAGGAGAAACGAGGUAAUUUUUAUAUAAACAGAGGGAGAUAUUAAUUUUAGGUGUGCUAGAUAAUAAAAGUACAUAGAAUCCAAAUUGGUUAUUUUUAUCCAUCAUGCACCUUCAGAUAAUAAAGUCCCAGCUUUUGUGAUUAGGAAAUCCUGCUUUUGUAAAGUUAAAUUAGGUAUUUCUCAAGUUUAUUGAGUUAGUAUGCUUUGAUUGUGUUCUCGAAGCUACCAGCAUGAGUUUGACUAAACUGCGGGAGGCAGUGGAAGACAGGAGUGCCUGGCGUGCUCUGGUCCAUGGGGUCACGAAGAGUCGGACAUGACUAAACAACAACAAAUGCUUUGAUUAUAUUCUUUCAGUUAAAUAUGAGACUGCCUAUUGGUAAAUUUGGACUUAGGAAUUCUAUCUUCCCCAUUUCCAUUCAGGAAACCAGAAAAUUCAGGAUUCAUUGUACAGUGGACCCUCCGGGUGCGAACUUAAUUCGUUCCAGGGGUCCAUCCGCAACCUGAAAAGUCCGUAUCCGGAGGUGCCGCUUCUGCACACAUGCACAGCACGAUAGAGUGCUUCUGUUUAUGCACACGCUGCGAAACCCAGAAGUAUACACUUCCAGGUUUGCCACAUUCACAACCCAAAGUUUACGUAUUCGGAGGGAUACUUAAGUAGAGGUACAACUGUAUAGUAUUAAAAUUUUUGAGUCUGAUCAUAUGUAUGCCUUACUGACUAGUCAGACUUAUCAGUUACGUGAGCACAGGAUUGCCUCUUUGGUUGUAAUCUGUAAAAGUGUGGCAUAACAGAACAGUUAUGUGCACACUAACCUGCGAGUAAUGUACAUUGAAUACAGUGGGACUUAAAUCUGAGGAUGUAUGCUACUUAAUUGCACUCUAAAGAAGUAUGUUGUGUAAGCAAAACUUUUGUCAGAACACAGAAAUUAAAUAACCAGCAUUGUAUGGCUUUUGAUGGCACUUCAGGAAAAUUCUGUGUCUGGAGGAAGCGUUCGUAGAUGGAUUUGGUUUGUUCUCUACACACUUCAAUUGAAGUACAUAAUGCAUAACAUGUGUAAUUGCAUCAAGUUGUAAAGAUACAUGACGUUAACCACAUUUUUCUUUAAUGUAAGUGACUUCAGGUGACAAGUUAUGUGUGCCUCUUUUUAACAAAGUAUAAUGAUGCUAUCAGAAGAAGUCUCAUUGAGAUCUUGCAAUGGAAUAUUCAUUAACUGUGUUUAAAUAAGGCAGCAAUGUCAUUGACAAAAUGUAUGCCUCUGAUCUUCCAACAGGUAAAUGUUAUGAUGUUGGGCAUGUUUUAUUUCUUUCAAGUAUUAAGAGGAACAUUCUACUUAAAACAUUUCAUGGAUAAAAAGUUGUAUGAUAACAGAUACAGGCUAUUUUAAGCCUAUAGAGCCCUGUUCAGCAAAUACAUUACACAGUGGCCAUACUUUUGAAUUGAGCAAGCAUAGGAGAGCCAGCCCACCAACAGUAGAUACACCUGCUGAUUUGCUCCUGCAUAAACUGUGACAUAAGCAAAAAUUCUUUAAUUCCUCUUUCUCUAGUGAACAGUAAAAGUGGCUUUGGUAGAGCUUCUGUUACUUUUAAUGAGAGGUCAUCAAAGAAUCCUUUGCCAUAAUGUUAGAAGGAGCAGCUGAGGUGCACUAUGAGGGGAGAUUUCUAUCAAAAUCAUAGCUACCCUGGUAAAAUGAAGCUAAUAAGUCCUGUGACAGAGGGCCAGUUCGUACAUGUAUGUAUAUUCUUGAUUCUUCAUUGUAUAAUCACUUAAUAGGUAAAGGUAAAAGGUAAAGGACCCCUGGACAGUUAAGUCCAGUCAAAGGUGACUAUGGGGUUGCAGCGCUCAUCUGGCUUUCAGGCCAAGGGAGCCGGUGUUUGUCCACAGACAGCUUUCCAGGUCAUGUGGCCAGCAUGACUAAACCACUUCUGGUACAACAGAACACUGUGACGGAAGCCAGAGCACACGGAAAUAUUGUUUACCUUCCCGCCGCAGCGGUACCUAUUUAUCUGCUUGCACUGGCGUCUCUACCAAAUUCUGAGGUGACAUGAAAGUUCUAUCUCUGGUGCUUGAUAUAUGAUGGCACAUUAGUCACCAGAUGCUGAAUUAUCUGGUAAUUAACAUACAUGUGUGAACUGGCCUGCCUAAGCUUUGAGGGGAAAAAAUCAAAGUAUGCUAUACUUUUGUUGCUUUGAUUUUCCAAUCAGUAGAAGCUGUAAGAAUCAAGAAAUAGCAGGAAAUAUUCCUCUCUAAAUUUGUGCUUUUACAUUUCUGUUGCUCUAAUGGGUUAGAGAAUUCAAAAAAUAAUAUAUAGGUAUUAUUGCUGCAGAAAUCAUUGAAUUUUUAUUUUUUUGCCUCAUAAAAUGCAAAUGUGUUUACAUUUACUGGGAGAAAAAGCAUUUCGCUUAAUCCCAGUGUUCUGGAAAAUUUAUAGCAAGUUUUUAAAUAUUCCAUUUUGUCAAGGUGCCUGAGUCUGCAGCUCUAGGCUUUCUUAGACUCAUCUCAAUCCAGUGUUAGGCCCAGUUUUGGGACCAAGACAGCUUUGGUCUCCUUGGUGAUUUAUACUGGGAACUGUACAGGAUAAAUGCAUUUUGUUAGUUCCGUUGGACAUUUUGGCAUGCCAUCAAGCAUAGUAUUCUGAGCUGGAUAUCUGGGAUGGGUCUUGGUGGCAUGGUGUUACAGUGGUUCCACCAGUCCUUCCUGGAGCACCAGUUUAAGAAAGUCGUGGGAGAUCUGUUUGAUGCUACAGCCUAUGGUGCCCUUUCGAGUUUUAGCUUGUUCCCAUGCUAUUUAACAUCUGGGACAGAUGAGCAGAAGUUUGGUGUCAUCCAAUAUGCGGAUGGCACAACCAACUGUGUUCUCCCUUCCCUCUCUGUUUAGGUCUUGAAUUGUUACCUGGAGGCAGCAAUGGAUUGAAUAAGGGCAAAUGUAUUGAAUCUUAAUCCAGGCAGAGAUGCUUAUGGUCAGUCAUAUUGAUCCAGGAAUUGGGAUUCAACUGUGGUUGGCACACCUAUUGAAAACUCAGGUCAUGGCUUGGGAGUUCUUAUGGACACCCUGGAUGCUAAGUUCUCAUCUGUGGCCAGAAGUGCCUUUGCCCAGCUGAGAUGAUGCAUCAAUGUCUGUUGCUGUGGAAUUCAGAUCUGGCCAUGGUAACCCAUUCCAUAAUUGCAUCACAUCUGAAUUACUGCAAUGCACUCUCCAUAGGACUUUCUUUGAAGAGUUCUCAGAAACAACUAGUACAGAAUGCAGUAGCUUGGUCAUCAAUAUAGGCUGCAAAGAGGGUGUUCCUAACUCCUUUCCUGAAACAGCUGUAGCUAGCUUCCUAUCAUGCUGGGCAUAUCAUCUCGCUGAUGAUAAUUUUUAAAGCUACAGCGUUUGAAACUCACCUGGUUCAUUUUGCACCUGGCUAUCAGCCACUUGUAAAGAUGCCUGGGCACCUGGAUGACAUCGCCACCAUCUGGAGGUGCAUGCCUGGGGAUCCUUGGAUCUUGACUGUUUUCACACAUCCUGUAGAAUUCUAUCUGUAUCUGUACAAUCAGAAUUAAUUUCGGGAACUAAAAAGUCAUACUGCAAAAUAUGAUUUUCGAGUCAUCUGGCCCAAAAAUGGCAACAAGGCAUUCCAUUUUGGCAAUUGUAACUCAGGUUUAAGGAGCCAUUUGGCGGCUAGCUUAUAUAUCAGAGUUUCUAACACUGAGAUGUUUUAAAUAAAACUAAUUUGCCUCCCCAAAUAGUUAAUUAAUUGAUUCAACAUCAGAAUUCAGCCCCAGGUCCCAGGCACUCCAUUUAUCAAAAGACCUCCUUCAACAUUCCCACUCAUGCAAAUAGGUAGCAUUUUGUUGUUGUUGUUUAGUUGUUUAGUCUUCGUGACCCCAUGGACCAGAGCAUGCCAGGCACUCCUGUCUUCCACUGCCUCCCGCAGUUUGGUCAAACUCAUGCUGGUAGCUUCGAGAACACUAUCCAGCCAUCUCGUCCUCUGUCAUCCCCUUCUCCUUGUGCCCUCCAUCUUUCCCAACAUCAGGGUCUUUUCCAGGGAGUCUUCUCUUCUCAUGAGGUGGCCAAAGUAUUGGCGCCUCAGCUUCACGAUCUGUCCUUCCAGUGAGCACUCAGGGCUGAUUUCCUUCAGAAUGGAGAGGUUUGAUCUUCUUGCAGUCCAUGGGACUCUCAAGAGUCUCCUCCAACACCAUAAUUCAAAAGCAUCAAUUUUUCAGUGAUCAGCCUUCUUUAUGGUCCAGCUCUCACUUCCCUACAUCACUACUGGGAAAACUAUAGCUUUAACUAUACGGACCUUUGUUGGCAAGGUGAUGUCUCUGCUUUUUAAGAUGCUGUCUAGGUUUGUCAUUGCUUUUCUCCCAAGAAGCAGGCGUCUUUUAAUUUUGUGACUGCUGUCACCACCUGCAGUGAUCAUGGAGCCCAAGAAAGUAAAAUCUCUCACUGCCUCCAUUUCUUCCCCUUCUCAGUGAAACAUCUCCAGAUCAACAUACGCAGGACAAAGCUGUGUAUUUAUUACAGCACAUUUACUAAAUGUGGUGCACUUGUUUCUUUGCACACAUUUGCCUCCCCUUUUGUGCUCAUCAUUGUGGCAGCUAGAGGAGUAGAAGUGUGACAUUUGGUAGUAGACUUCGUUGUCCGUAUUGAAUUGACCACAUGAUCCCACCAUUUAACAGCCACAAGUUCAGUUAGGAACAUGUCAGUAGCAAUCUUCCCCAACCUGAUUCCCUCCACUCCCAUCAGUUUCAUUACCAUAUGGCUGUUCUAGCUAGGACAGAGGAAUUGUAGUCCAAAACAUUGGUAGGGCACCAAGCUGGUCAAGGCUGGUCAAUUUCUCAAUUUAUUGAGAAAGUACAUAUGAAAUAGCCUCCCUUUUUAGAACUAAAACCUUCCUUUAUAUCUACUUGAGAUUUCUUUACACAUGCUAUUUAUCCAUUAAUAUACUUCAUUAUUUUGUUCCAGUCAAGCUUAUUGUAUAUUGUAGAGUAGAUAGCUAUGAAAUGUGCUCAGUGGUGCUUACUCCUUAUCAAGUGCUUAGAAUGAUAGCUAUAGGUAAAUGAAGGUCAGAAAACUAUAAGAAAUGACCUCACAAUUGGGAGCAUUAGUGUAGUGUAUUCCCAGUGACUCAUCUCAAGCAGAAGGUGUUUUCCCCCCUACAUCCACCACAGUCCCACAUACAGACAGCCUUAAGGUUAUACAGGUAUUAAAUAUUCAGAACAGGGGAUUUAUAGUAAAUACGUCUGAUUAAGAUGGUUGAAGAGACAAAGUUUGAUGCUGCAAAUUGAUUUGGUAUAGGAUCCAAUUAUACAGCAUCCCAAUGAAAUUGAUUGUGCAUGCAGAGUCACAGGGAAUUUUUGGCUUGUGUUAGUUGGCUGUAGAAUGAAAUCUUUUGGCCAAAUCUGCCAUCUAUCUCAGCUGUAAUGUCACUCUUACAGAUCUUUGCAAGCAUUUAUAGUAGCAAAACUUCUCUCAGACAUUACAAAAUCAAAAGGGAAUUUCUUUUUUAAUAUCUGCUAGCUGAAGACAGCAAAAUAUAAAAAUGUGACAUUGAAACCUUUGUCUGUUCUCAUUUGGAGGGUGAUUAACUAUUCAUGCAAUUGUGCUGACAUCGUGUUCUCAUCUCUUGCAUUGUUCUCCCCCUUUUUAAAAAAAGACAAAAAGUUGCAAGAUUUUAUUUAUAUAGAUCUCACACACUGUCAGCUUCUUCCGUGCUGCAUAACUCAGGAGCUUAAGAGUAGCAUGCGCUUUACUCUGGAGAAAUUUGCUUUGCAAGGAUCUGUAUUUGGUAUGAUUCAAAACUUGCUUAAGAGUUACUAUUUAGAGUUGGAGCAAUGGACCAGGCAGUUGCUAACAUGCACUUCUUUAUUUAUGUUAACUAUUCUGUAGGACUUUGGGUUCAGCCCUUGAUAGCAUGAGCAUAAAUGUGCUAUUUUCAUAUUUAUUUAUUUUACAAAUUUAUAAACUGCUUCAAAGCUAUGUACAGCAAGAUAAAAAUAAUUACACAAAUAUAAAUUAUUAAAACCUUAUUGACAAACUCUGACUAUAAUAAAACCGUUCCUACAGCUAUACAGUUAAUAUUUCAUAAAUGACUGGGUCAUGCCAUAGGGAAAGCCUUCUUAAAAACAUAUUCAGUAGGCAUCUAAACAUCACAAUGCCGGAUGCCUGUUUAAUUUCAGAUGGUAAUUGUUUGCAGACGGCUGCAGCUGCAGCAUUAAAUUCCCGUUUCUAAUACAAACUAAGCUCAUGUCUGGGGCAUGUGAAAAUCUCAUUUGUGCCCCAUCUGAAGAGCACAGUUUCCAGCCAGGGAUGUAUGGGUUGAGGCAUUCUCUUAGGUAACUUGGUCCCAAAUAUGUAAUUAUUUAUAAAGUAGACAGAUUUAAUGUAGGAUUAUAAGCAUGUUUAUUCCACUGAGUUCAGUAGGACUUAGUCCUGAAUAAUUGGAAAUGACUACUUUCCCUAUGUGAACCUACUUGGACCCUAAGAUCAACAUCAAAGUCCUUUUCUCUGAGCUUCCUCUGAGAGCUGUUUGGAGUUUGGCAAUAAGAGAAUGGGCCUUCUCUCUGGUAGCCCCGCAGUUGUGGCAUGCCCUUUCCAGGGAGUUUCCUGGUACUGAAGGAUGCCUGCAUUGGAAGGGGUUGGACUAGAUGACUUGUGAUCCCUUCCAGUUCUACAUUUUUAUGAUUGUAUACUGAUUUAUUGCACUACUUCCAGUAAGCUACCCAGUCCGAUUCAGUGUUUUAACAUUGGUCUAUAAAGCCCAAAACAACCUGGGACCUAUAUAUUUGACAGAAUACUUUUUUUCCUGAUAUCUGACAGACACCCAAGCUAAGAUCUGUUGGAAGGUCACUUUCAUGGUCCUGACACAAGAUAGGGUGUUCUCAUUGGCAGUACCUCCUUUGUAUUGAAUCCCCUCUUUAAGGUAGCUGUGUUUAGAUGACAGGUAAAAUGUAUUCUUCCAGGCCUUUGGAACUUGAUGCUCCUUGGAGUUGAAGCUUGGUGUUGCUGUCUUUAUAAUGGAAGUUUGAUUUUGUUUUGUUUUAUAUAACCCUUCAUAUCAUAUAUAAGUUCUUAUCUGGAAAAGCAAAGGGCUUAAAAAGGUGAAAGAAGUAAAUCCAAAUAAAUAGAUAGAAUACAGUCAUGCCUUGCGAGUCAAAGGUUUUGCCUCCCGAACGCAGCAACCUGGAAGUGAGUGUUCCAGUUUGUAAAUGUUCUUUGGAACCCGAACAUCAUGACAGGGCUUCUGCGGCUUCCGAUCGGCUGCAGAAGCUUCCUGCAGCCAAUCAGAAGCCGCACUUUGGUUUCCGAACGUUUUGGAAAUCAAACGGACUUCUGGAUUAGAUUCUGUUCAACUUCCGAGGUACGACUGUACAAAUAAAUUAUGAAUUCUCAGUUAUCUACACUAAAGAUUUUGAGGAGCAAUUUUGAAUCCUACUUUGGGGGCAUGUCCAGAUUAGCAACAUUUGUUAGGAUGUGUGCUUGGAACAGUUACUGCAGUUUGCAUCUCAUACAGUGAGUUUCCUAUAGGACUGUACAUCAGCAAACAAGUGUAUCAUGGCAGAGGUGCUUGCCUCUUCCAACAGUGUUUCCUCAGUUUUGACAAUAGGCUUCACACUGCCAAGCAACACAAUCACUUUCAGCAAUAGUUGUAAACAUAUUCAUGACUAAAACUGUUUAUGUAUGAGGAAAUAACUUCAGAUAGUCGACUCACAAAAUAUAACUAUUAGUAAUAUUAAGUUAUAUCAACAGAAGCAAUAAUUCAUUUUUUAUAGAUAUACAGUGGUACCUUGGGUUAAGUACUUAAUUCAUUCCAGAGGUCCGUUCUUAACCUGAAACUGUUCUUAACCUGAAGAACCACUUUAGCUAAUGGGACCUCCUGCUGCUGCCGCGCCGCCGGAGCAUGAUUUCUGUUCUCAUCCUGAAGCAAAGUUCUUAACCUGAGGUACUAUUUCUGGAUUAACGGAGUCUGUAACCUGAAGCGUAUGUAACCUGAAGCAUAUGUAACCCGAGGUACCACUGUAUACUAUAUGGAAAUUGAUGCAAAUAUACACAAAUAUAUUCACUAUUGUUUGAGGGUGUCAGUGGAGUCUGUUUCCUUGCUGCAUAUGUAUCUGACACAGGAUUUUUAAUUUCCACAUCCGAAGCAUGUCAGACCAGGAACAUUAUUUGAUAUAAUUGAUUGGGAAAUAAUAUUUAUAAGCCCAUUUUUAUAAACAGUUCAGAAAUAUUUGCAAAUUAGUGGCAGUGUAGUAUAAGAGCAAUUUUUAUGUUAUGGUACAUCAUUUUGAUUUUAAAUGUAUUCACUUCGCAUAUAUUGUAGUUGUAAUAUGAUUGAUAAUACCAGUGUUAUGACUUAGUUUACAUGUUGCUAAGCACUAAUUAUUACAUAAGCAUCACUUAUAACAGUUGGGUUAUCUUGAUGUUGUAAUGUUGUAAGGAUAGGAAUCUUCUGUACUGUUCUUCAGAUUCUACUUUGCAGACCUUGGAAGGAAACUGCUGUAGUGGUAACAAUGUGAACAUCACAUUGUAGCUAUUUAACAUAGAUUUAACAUAUUUAACAUAACAACUUCUUUUUUGAUUCAUCAAAAGUAUUCUGUGCCUUUAAAAGCUUCCUGAACAGGGAAUUCCCCAUUAUAUGUAAGCCAGAUACACCAGCUGAACUUUUACAGAAUUUGCUACAACUUGAUAAAAUGUAUUACCAAUUCUAGAUUAUUGCCCCUGAGUUUCUUAUUCUUUGUGGGUUUUAUAUUGAUGCCAUUGAAAUUGUGUUCUCUAAACACCAGUGUGCCCUUGAAAAUAAUUUCUCAAAAAGUAAAUUGCAUACCUUACGAGAACCAUUUAAUGAUUGCAAAAAAGAUGUGUCAUUGUUUACAUAUGACGUGCACAACAGACCACUUCAUCUGAUACUGUCCCACUAGCAGUUUGAAAGUGGGUUAGAAGCCUCUAGUUAAAACACAAAUAACAGGCUUUGAUGCCAGGUAGGAAAUUUUGUAGCACCCAUGCAUAUCACUUUUUCUGAUCUGAAAUCAUGGAAGAUUUCCAUAUAUUUGUUCCCAAUGUGUGAACCUACAGAAUACCCAGUAGUAUCAUAUCUAUUGAAAAUGGCUCAAAAUAGUAUUUAAAAGUAGAAAAUGUGUUGGUAUCAAAAAAUGAGAAAAGUUUUAAAAGCAACUGGGUAUUUUGUAAUGUCAGAAUGUGGAAAGCUGGCAACAGUGUACGGCGGUGGUAGAACAUGGAACUUACAAUUCAUGUUUAGUAUCUUUUUUUUAAAAGAAGAGGAUACUAUAUAAAAAUGAAGAUGUACCUUUUAACAAGUUGUCUAUUUACCUUUACCCUUAUAUUUUGUUAAGCUGGUAAAACUUGACUUUCCACCAUUUGCUGGAAUUUGCUCUGUUUUGGCAUUUACCUUUUAAAACCUGACACUCUGUCAAAGACUAUUAAGUUAAAGUAGGACUUUUCCAUAAUUAGGUGAAGAAAGCAUGGUGCUUUACUGGUACAAGUGUCCUUACUGCUUCUGUAUACGUUUCAAAACUAUAACCCGAAUUAGAUGUUACAGACAAGGUCAAAUGCAAAUUUGGACAUAUACCGUACCUGAGGCUGCGGGGAAGCAAUGUGGGAAAGCUUUAGAGCAUGAACCUGGUGGGCUUUUGGAGCCUGUAUUUUUGAGACACUGGACUUACAUUUGGCUUUUUAAGAAGGCGCUGUAUACCUUAAGAGCUUCUACAACCUUCACUCUAGCACGAGAAUAAAUAUAUUCUGCUGUCAUUCUGUGUACAAGCUGUUCGACUCUUUAAUGAUACAAAAAUGUUUCAUACAUGAGAGGCUUUGUUGUGUUUCUGUCACACUUGUGCCAAUUUGCAAAAGUGAAUAUUGCAGCAGGUUUUAUAAAAGGUUGUAAGAGUUAUUAGCUGUGCUGACAGCACUUUUGUUGAUAGGCAGAUUUUCUAAUUCAACCUUCAUGUUUCUGAAGUUUGAUGUGUCUGAAUGUAUCAGUAUGUUAAAUAAGGCAUGGAGAUGUUUGAAGGCGGAACGGGAAGUUUUCAGAUCUUAAGAGAAGAGAUGGAAAAGCAUUGAUCCCCCUCCCUCAAUAUUUUACAGUCACUUCUGAUUUCUUCCUUCUUAACGUCUCAUGAUUUAAUUACUUUUAAAAUAAAGUAUUUAGGAUAUAAAUUGUAUGUUAUUUGUAAAUCACAAUAGGGCAAUCCAGAUCAAGCCUUUAUUUUUCCUUUGAGUUCAGGGAAAUCCAGAAAAUGGCUAAAGAGUAUCCAACUUUACAGGGCAUCAGAUAAUUUCUGUUCUAAAAGUAAAACAAAAAGAUUUAACUCAGAUAAUGGAAGAGUAGGAAAAAGCACUAUGGUAGUUAUUCCACUUCUGCAGAAGGCCUGAAUGACUUGCAACCUGUGCACCCCCCAUUUGCAGGAGAGGAGGUUGCAUGCAAAAGGAAGAGGAACUGAGAAUAUGCUGGCCGAUAACUGGUUUUCAACAUCAUGAUAUAUCACCAGCUAAAUAUCACAAUAUCUUGAUAUAUUACGAUACAUAUCUGCUGUUGUGGGAGGCCUCGUGGUGACAGAGGUGACAGAGAGUCUCGCCCUUUCCAUUCCAUGAUGGCGGAGGGUGUGCAAAGGGUCCCACUGUAUCUCCCCGUAGCAGCACCAUGCUUCCCUGCAGCAGCAGAGGGCCUUGACGGAGCUCCCUGUGGCAGUGGAGGGCUUUAAAAUUUAAGGAAGUAGUAGAUUUAAUAAAAAAUAUUAAAUAAACUUCCAUCUGCUUUCCCACUCAGAGAUCUACCGUAUUUUUCCAUGUAUAAGUCUAGGUUUGUUCCCUAAAAAUAAUGUCAAAAAUUAGGGGGCAUCUUAUACAUGGAUACAUCUUCCCCCAUUUUCUUAAAUCUGAGCCCCCCCCCGUCUUAUACAUAGGGGUGUCUUAUAGACAGAAAAAUACAGUAAGUGAAAUCUAUGCAUGCAUAAGCCCCUCUGAGUUCAACUAAACUUCUACUUUCCUGGGAGUAAGCCUCAUUGAAUUCAGGAGGGCUUGCUUGUGAGUAGACAUGCAUUUGCUUGCGCUGCGUACCAAAAAACACUUUCCCCAUCAUUCUCACAUAGUACCCAACCUCCCAUUUCAGCAUAAAUCUUCCCUCCACUCCCCCCCACACCGAAGGCCCCCCCUCAAAGCCCUCAUUCUACCAAUCUCUCCCUUUUUAUCAAAGAGAGGGCAAGCAAGUAAAAAGAUAGUUUCCUUUAUAGAAAAAAAACCCUUUUGGAUAGAGAGGAAAGCUGUUUAGGGGGAACCAACAACAUAAACACCACCAUAAAAUAAAAUAAACUCUUCCCCCUCUUUUUUUCAUUGGUGGGGAAAGAAAGAAUUGCUUUUCCAUUCUUUGUUUACUGUCUAGCCGUGGGGGGUAAGGGGUUUUCCUCUGCAUAAUUAACUGAGUUUGAAAGCACGUCAAAGUGCAAGUAGAUAAAUAGGUACCACUUUGGCGGGAAGGUAAACGGCGUUUCCGUGCACUGCUCUGGUUCACCAGAAGCGGCUUAGUCAUGCUGGCCACAUGACCCGGAAGCUGUACGCCGGCUCCCUCAGCCAAUAAAGCGAAAUGAGUGCUGCAACCCCAGAGUCGGUCACGACUGGACCUAAUGGUCAGGGAUCCCUUUACCUUUUUAAGUGGAAAGAUACCGGUGAAGCAUAUUGCCUUGUUGAAACACUUUAUCACGAUGUUAUCUCAAUACAGGUAUUCAACGAUAUGGUGAUGUAUUGGGCAGCCCUAUUUACAUAUAGGCAAAAUGAUUGUGACAGUAGUUCUUGGCUUGGAGAAGAAAUUUGUUAAUGACCUACAAAUAAGGUUUCUGGGUAUGAACACUGAUACAUCUGCAAUGACCUGCUACAAUGAUGGGAGUCCCAGAUUAGCUCUACUGAUGUGCCAGCCUUGCUGCUUCUUUGCCAUUCUCCAUAGGAAAGCUAGAGUGUUAAGUCUCUGCUUCAUAAUUCUUUAUUCAGCAACCAAUUGUGUUUUGACAUUACAUGACAUUACAUUUAAAUUCACAGACCACUGACAAAUCACAUUAAUGACUGUUAAUCUGCCUCAAGAGGCUGAUCCACCAUAGACAUGAGAACUUACGUGUAUAUUAUACAGCAUUUUCAAUAUUAAAACAGAGAUAAAGCAUAACACAAAAAGUUCUAAAAAGCCUGAGCCAAAUACAAAGGGCUGACUCAUUGCUGCUGUAAUAUUGAACCAUGGUUUAGCAUUACAUCUGAACUGGGUGUACUUGCUUUUAAUGAAGUCUGAUAAUGAUACAAAGCAUAAAAUUUAGGACUGCUGCUAAAACUUCCUUGAAAUUUGUAAUUGUUGCAAAUUUCCUCAGAAUUAUUGUAGAGAAGAUAAACAGGAAGCAAUGAUGAAUUUCACUGUAGGGAAUUAUUCCAAUUGAUCAGUAUUACUUAAUAAUUAGAGAGUUGUUUUCAGUUGAACUCUGUUAUCUUCUAGGCAUAUUUUUAUUUGUUUACCUGUAGAAGGUCAGUGGGACCUGAACAUUCUCAAGGUUAAAUACAAAGUCAGUGGCUGACUGUUGAAAGGCCAGAGACAAAGCCAAUUAAAAUAAGUGAGAGUCUUCUCAGUGAAAUCAGUAGCUUUAGGUCAGAGCUGUAAUUGAUUAAAUGACGUUUAUCUUUGCGCAAUCUGGUACUUUGCAGCAUACACAAGGUUAUUCUGCCGCACACUAAUUGUGAGAUGUCCUAAUCCAGAAUACUUGCUCUUCAAUCCUUUCAGAGCCAUUAAGGAAGUAAGAUAAGUGUUGUGUAAUUAUUCCAUAUGAAGUGGUUUGCGGAUCACACUGUAAGUGCUGUAGAAAUCAAUUUAGUCAUAGUUUCUGAAUCUUUUACAUUAAAUAAAUUGGCUGCCUGGAGAUAAAGACUAAUAUUCCAAAACAGCAGUAGAUCUCCCCCCCCCAAAAAAAUAUUUAAAUCUCAAAUACAGUGUAAGAUGUAGAAGAUUUGACAAGACAAUUUGGAGUCUGAUACACUUUUUCAGCUCCUAUGAUUGCUCCACAAGUACUGGAAAUUUACUUAGGCUGCAAUCGAAAGCACAUUAGUGAGUAUUCCCUCUUUUACUUUCUUCUGAAUAAAGUUUCCUAGGGUUUCACUGAUAGUAUGUUACAGUAAGAAAUGUUUGUGUGUCAUAUUUUAUUUAGAAUUUAAUGUUUCUAAUUUCAAAUGCUUUAAAGCAAAAUAGCUAUAAUAAACAGUAAAAGCUACUUUAUCAGUACAACUAAAAAAUAAAAUAAAAGCUAUACUGAAAAUAUGUAAGAAUAAAAUGUUAGUUUGAAGGACUAUUAAUGCAAAGGCUAAAUUAACCACAGUGUUGGUGUGAUUUUGUAAAGGUUCAACAAAAACUGAAGGUUAUUAGAAAUGACAAAUUAAAAUGAAAUGUUUAGAUACAAAGUUUUCUUUUAUAAAGGGCAUUGGUUUUACCUUUCUAGAAUAUCAGAUGUGCAGUCUUUCCAUUAAUAAAAACUUGCUCAGUGGGAAGCUCUUAUUGUGUACUUUCCAGAAUAGUGUUAUUAGAUACUGUCAAAUGGGUAUCUAAGCAAUAAAUGUGUUAAUCUCGUAUCAAAGGUUGUUGUGUAGAGUUCUAGUCUUGCUGGAAAAUCUGGAAGCUGAACAGUAAAGCUGUAUGCAAAAAUGCUGUCCUAAGUGUAUAGUUAAGAUAUUUCAGACAAAAAUACAUAAGAAUAAAUCCUAGAAUGUUGUCUAUUCAUCAUGCAUAAUCCUUCCUUUAAUGACUCUGAAAAAUUAAUACCUACUCUUAGUGGAACAGUUAAGAAAAUUGAGCUAUGUUCAAAAACUAUGUGUUUACAGCUACCUUACCCCUUUUCCUUGGAAGCUUUAUAAGAAGCUGCUGCAGGAAAGGGAUUGUGAGAAACAUCAUGGGAGGAGUGUUUCUUGGACUAAGGUGAAACUGGUGUGCAUAAUGUGCAUUUUUAGCUCAUACAGACUUUAUUUUGGGCUUCUUUCUAGACUUUCGGAGCUGAGUUCAUGCUGAAUUCACAUAACAGUUACCAAUAUCAGAGGCACAGGUAGCAAAUCAUAAUAUUUGCAGGAAGGAGAUUCCUAGCACAAGGUGAAUCAUACUGCACUAAAUGUGGGCUGGCCAAUUGCCAGUAAAAUAGUAACUCAUGAUGGGAGAUAAUAUUCUUCCUGUUCUGCAGUUGAAUAACUUCUAUUGAGUUCUUAAGGAGAAAGUAAGAGAUUGCAAUUAGUGAAUUCACAAAAGGCAGGAGUAGAAGCCAGGUUUUCCUUAUAUCAGUGCUGCCAUUGAUUAUAUAGAAGUGUACAGCUAAUGUUGACUCAGUGUUAAAAGAGGAAAGAAAGUUCUUUACCUACUCUGUAAACCUGCAAUGCCUAGAGGAGUCAUCGGUAAUGUGUCAUUGUAUAUUGCAUGAUCAGUUCAUGGAAACCUGAUAUCUCCAUUUUCUUCUUUCUUUACUCACCCCUUGGGGAAAGUAUUUAUAAAACUGGACAUUCUCAGAGUAUGCACCUUCUGCAGAAAAGGAGAGUCAUGAAAGAUACUCAGUUUCUUUGAUAAUGUGAACAGAAGGGGUCUGUUGUAAUUUUAAUCCAAAACUUAAGCCUCAAAAGACUGAUCAAACAACAAAUCAAAGAUGAAUACAAUAAAAAAUAUAUAAUAUAGUUUGCAAAUAAAAAUGGCAUAUAAUAGUAUGUUGAUAUUUCUUGAUGUUCCUUUAAGCUUAUACUUUGGUUAUGUAGAUCUCUUUACCAUUGUUGUAGUGUAAAUAAUGUGUCUUUCCAAAUACAUAAAAUAAUCUUUCUUUCUCCUCUUCCCCACAGGAAAUGGGACUUCGAAGUUAAAUGAGACUGGAUAA